AAAAAGAAUAAAUUGGUUAAAUAUUUUCUCUGUGCUGACAUGAGAGAUGGUGCUUGAAUUUUCGUAAUGCAAACUUGUGAAAUGACAUUGAAUCUUGAAAGAGGUUCCAUAGAAGAUGAUCAAGGACGUGCGCGCUAAAGAAACAAAUGACUCUGUGAUGAUGAGUAGCUGCUGAGAGCAGCAGUGAGAACGUUUCUGAACAGAAAGUCUCUCCGUAAGUCAUGUCAGCUUUUUGUUUCUAGGGAAAAGAAAUAACCUCUCAGAAAUAAGGGCUGCCAUUGGUGAGAUGUGUGGGAGGUAAAUUUAUGUUACGGGAUAAUAACUGAAUGUGGCUCAGGCUGCCUCAAACGUGUCAUGAGACCAGAAGGUUAUCAACGUAUUGCGAUGCAGAACAUUCUGCCUGGUCUCCACUUCAGAUCAUGUCUCCUCUGGCUGGGCAGUGACCCAAAGCACAUAACUGCAAACACUCAGGGACCGAAAACGAUGACAUUGGUCUGUUCUGCAGUUCAAAUGAAAGUCUAUUAAGAGACCUGACACUAAAAGAGAGAAGACAUUGAGGUUACAGAGCUUACAAAAACACAGAUAUGGCAGUGAAGCCUCUAAAAGGAUUAUUCACUAAAUAAUGGACUACAGUUCCCUUUUAUUUAUGUCCUGUUUAAAAAAACAUUUGCAUGCUAUGACUCGCUCUUUAAAUGAGAAAUUUGCACCAAUUUUGGCCCUUUCAAGUCAUUUUAAAACACAAAAUAAAUGAGUCAACAAGAAAGGUGGGCCACUUUUGACAUUUAGCUGACAUAUGAACUGAAUGUAUCCUCAUACGGUCAGGAGAAUUAUCUGUAAAUCCAUUACUAAUGAAAAUGAUCACAAGAUGUAGUUUUGUUGAUAUGUUCUGUUGUACUGUGUAUCAGGACAUAACCUGGCGAGACGGCUGUUUCCAGAAUGAUCUUUUCCUCUUCGAGAGUGAUCGAGGUCUUUCUCAUCCACAUGAUUCUGGCUUUCGCGCUCCAUCCUGCAGUAACUGUCCCACCAAUCGUAGGGGCAGGCGAGGGAUUAGCUCCACAGAUUAAGGUGGCCAUCUCCAAACCCUGCCUAAUCCUGCCAUCUGUCAGAGAGCAGCAAACCAGCCAAGACUCUCUCCACAAGGCUAAUUAGAAAGCCAGAAGAACGCGCUCAAGGGGGGAGGGAAAGAAAUCCACCAAACUUUUUCUGUAUUAUACUGCACCCAGUCACAAUGGAAGAGACAUACCUCCUCAAACAUCCAGGAGUCAAGAAGAAAAUUCUGGCUGGAGGCACUGGACCACUGCCUCACUUCCCACCUGGAGCAAAGCUGGUCUUCAAUUUCCAGACAUUGCUGGACAACUUUGAACGGACCGUCAUCGAUGACAGUCGACUGGCUGGCAGGCCGGCCGAGAUCUUUGUCGGAAAGAUGUUCAAGAUGGAAGUGUGGGAGCCUCUGCUGACAUCCAUGAGGGUGGGAGAGGUGGCCGAGUUCUGGUGUGAUGCCGUUCACACAGGGUUGUACCCCAUCGUAUCCAAGGGGAUGAGGCUGAUUGCUCAGGGGAAAGACCCGCUCGAGGGCCAGAGGCACACGUGUGGCAUGGGAAACGUUUUCAACUAUCACUCCACCGGUUUUCCAGAGCUUGACGAGUUAAUGAGAACUCCUCAGCCGUUGAUCUUCAUCAUGGAGCUGUUGCAGGUAGGAGACCCCUUGUCCUACCACAGAGAGUCGUGGAUGAUGGAAAAAGAUGAGAAGCUGCACACGGUGCCGACGCUCCACAUGCAGGGCAACGAUCUGGUCAAGCAGAAGAAGUUCAGAGAAGCUGCCAGCAAAUACAAAGAGGCCGUCCUGUUACUGAAAACCGUCCAAUCACGGGAGAUGCCGGGUGAUAUAGACUACAUUAACUUGGGUCGGAUGAUUGUCCCUCUGGAGCUGAACUACUGUCAGUGCAUGUUGGAGCUGGAGGAGUACUAUGAAGUUAUCGAGCACACUACUGAGCUGCUGGAGAAACACAAAGACUGUGUGAAGGGGUACUACAAGCGAGCCAAAGCUCACGCUGCCGUGUGGAACCAAAAGGAGGCUCGGAGAGACUUCAACAUGGUGGCCCAGCUUGACAUUACUCUGGCCUCGCUCGUCCACCGAGAGCUGAGGGCCCUCUCAGAGCGCAUGAAGGAGAAGUACUGGGAGGAGAAGGAGCAGUACUGGAACAUGCUGGAGAAAACUGAGAGCACAAAUGGAGAGGAGGAGAAAGAGGUCUAUGAUGAGGAAGAGAAUGAGAAAGAACAAAAAGAUGUUGAAAGUGUCACAACCGCAACCGAAGCUACAGUGGGAGAAGAAAAUGGCUCAGCUCCACUGAAAUGUUCCGAAGUUCAAAAAGAGGAGCAUAAGGUUACACCAUCUGAGGGAAUUAAAGAGGAAACAAGCUGUUCAGAGAUCAACCUCAACACUUGUGAUAAAACUGAGGGGAAGGACUGGCAGCAGAUGUUACGACUCGUCAUGUUGCUACAGAAUCAAGGAAACCUUCUCAUUAAAGAAAACCGCUUCCAAGAAGCUUCUGUCAAGUUCAAGGAGGCUUUAGAAUAUGUGGACUUCCUGCAAAAUAAGCAGGUGUGCCAGCAGGACGAGGACUGGGAGUCGUUGGAGAAAGUGCGUGUUCCGCUGAGCCUCAACAUCAGCCAGUGCAUGUUGGAGCUGAAAGAAUACCAGCAAGUGGUGGAGCUCAAUAGCACGCUGCUGAAGAGGCAUACAGAUAACUUUAAGGCCGUGUACCAGAGGGCACGAGCGCAUGCUGCGUUGUGCAACGAGAAUAAAGCUCGGAGAGACUUUGCUGCGGUGGAGAAAUUGGACCCAAAGUUCAAACCCUUUGUCCGGCAGGAACUAAAAAAGCUCAGCGAAAACAUGCGCGCUGUGCACGCUCGCCAGAACAAGACGUACUGGGAUACAACAAUGGACAAGUGGGGGCCUGACGGAAACAAAACUAAGAGUGCGGCAAGAAAGAAGAAUGUCAACGAUGCUCAGAGAGCCACUGAAGAAAAAAACGAAGCCGAUGAGAAGACUGAGGGCAAUGAGGUUCAACAGAAAGAAAGGUCAGAGGAACACUGCCUUGUUGAGACAGAGAGAGGAGAGGAUGCAGUAGCAGAGAAAAGUCCAGACCAGAAACAAGAGCAGAGCAAUAAAGAACCGGAGUGUGGGAGGGCCAGUGAAGAGGAGCCUGAUAAAGGCAAUACAGAGAGUGUUGUGGCUCCUGAAGCUGGGCCGAGUGGACCAGAUAAUCACGCAGCAGAUAAGGACAGCGAUCCUCAAGCCACCAGCUCAGGCAAAGAUAACGCAGUGAGCAAAAGAUCAGCACGUGAUAAAGGCAGAAAGAAGGUCAAAUGCCAGUCAAACGAUGCACCGAACUCACGCAGAACAAACCCAAACAACAAAGCCUCUGGUGGUAAAAGAGGGAAAAAAGGUCCCAUCAGCACAAGCCAAUAAGUCAACGAUUGUAUUGAUCCAAACGUCACAAUUAAAGUGUAGGCACAGAGAUGAAUAGAGCUAAAUCCGAGUGAGGAAAGUAAUAUAUCUGGAUGCAGAGUAACAUUAGGAAAUAUUGAUUCAUCCACUUAAAAAUCCAAAUAUAAACACAAAAGGAAAUAUUUACAUAAACCCUGUGUAUUUGGCCUCAUUUUCAGUUAAGUUGUAUUAUUAAAUUCUCAAAGGGAUCAUUGCAAUCACAUAAAAAGCACAGGCAGACAAGGAGCUUGCCAAAUACAAAGUUUUAUUUCUGUACACAAAGAGUAGAAAGCAGCCAGUAACCCACUUGUUAUUAUUACAAUAAAAAGCCUUUUUUCCUCAGAAAACUUCUUAUACAGAUUAAAAACUCCAGAGAAAAAGACAGCAAGAAGUGUGGGAGUUCUGGACAAAAACAGAAAAUCAAAACUAUUAAACUAUUUAAGUGAUUAAUGAGGUAUAGUAACGGUGAGUUUGAAAAAAAAAAAAUAAAAAAAAAAGCCUCAGUUUACCAGUAAGAUAUGAGAUUCUUCGCCUUGUUAUACAUGUUGUGUGACACACAAGUUCUUGUUAUAUGGUCUGAUGUUGCAUGGCUAAUGCAGGAGGGGUGU